AUGGUGCGAUACGCUCUUUUUCUUGCUAGUCACGACUACGAAAUAGAAUACAAGAACACCACUAAGCACUGUAAUGCGGAUGGACUUUCGCGACUGCCAGUACCUGAGGUUCGGACUGAAGACAUUGACCCGGAUGAUCUUCUCCACAUGUCUCAGCUGGAGAAAAUGCCAGUCACUAGUGCUCAAGUACGCAAAGAAACGGCUCGCGAUAUUGUGCUCUCCCAAGCUUGUGAAUUCACCAUGAAAGGAUGGCCGAACACAUAUGACGCUGAACUUAAACCCUUUAACGUACGCAGGAAUGAACUUUCACUGCACGAUGGAUGUCUUAUGUGGGGAUUACGUGUGAUAAUUCCACUAAAACUACGUGAGACCAUUCUCGCCGAGUUGCAUCAGGGUCACUUGGGAGUUGUCAAAAUGAAAAAUCUCGCUCGUGGAUAUGUGUGGUGGCCUGGACUCGAUAACGACAUUGAACUACUUGCGAAAGGUUGUGCUGGAUGCCAAAAAGUACAGCACAAUCCCAAGUCAGCACCACUCCACACAUGGGAGUGGCCCACAACACCAUGGCAGCGUAUUCAUAUUGACUAUGCCGGCCCAUUUUUUGGCCAAAUGUUUCUUGUAGUUGUGGACGCCCACUCCAAGUGGCCUGAGGUUGUGAGUACGAAAUCUGCAGACUCUACGCGCACAAUUGAAAUUCUACGCAGCAUUUUUGCACGGAAUGGAGUGCCAGAGCAGUUAGUCAGCGAUAACGGCCCACAGUUUACAUCGGACGAGUUUCAAACAUUUCUGAAGCGUAACGGGAUAAAGCAUAUUACAUCUGCCCCGUACACCCUUCUACGAAUGGGCUCGCUGAACGAUUCGUUCAAACCUUCAAACAAGCGCUGA